UUAAAUCAAACAUGUGCCUGUGUGAUACCAUAUUGCAGUGGAAACAGUUUUACAUACCGUAACCCUGACCAAUUCCUCUCUUAACCUGCCGCCUACACAGAGGAGUGAUGUUCUGCAAAAGCCUUCAGUGCACAGCGUGAGGCUCAUCUGAGGAGGAGCACAACCUUUAAAACUGUUGAGGUCAGUAGAAGAGAGAGCCACCGACACAAACGGAAUGACAUUCACUGCGGCUGUCAGAUGUCAGAUGUGUGUUUGCCUGAUCAGAGCUGCACAGAUGUGAAAAGAAAACAGUAAUACCUGGAGAAGAUCUAAGCGGACAGAUGGUGAAUGUACAAACACUGUAGAGACAGUGAACCUGGCUGAGAUCUGAACUGUGGACACUCAAUCUGUCAGACAGUACCUCUACCUGCUGCACCACCCAGCUGCCUGGUCUGCAAAGAACAUUUAAUAAAACCGUACGCAGCGUUUUGAAUUUGGCAACCCAACCGUGAUAAACAUUUGUUUUAUUGAGUGGUAUUGCUUUCUAAGAAUAACUUUUCAAUACAUUCUUGCCUCUACAUGAGCAGAAAAGUUAAUUUUUUUAUACAACUGCCUCAUUUAAUAUCUUAGUUUCUUUUUUGUAACUCAAUGUUCCUUCAAGAAUCUUAUACUAUAAAAGAAAUGAGAUUUAAAGAACACUUUCAUUACAUUAAAUUAUGGUAUUUACUUCAUCACCAUAAACAUAACAUGGCAAAGGUAAAGUAAAGUACCCAUAGAUUUCACUGAAAUUCCUUUUUCCUGAAUACUUAAACUUUCAUUAACUACCUUAGAACUCUUUAAGCGGAUUAUGUUUAUUUCUGUUAUUCUUAUCUAAUUUGGAUCAAGCACAGAGACUCAAAGUAAAUGAGAAAAACCACCAAUCUGCAGUUCUGAUCACAAAUCAUGAACAACUGUCACAUCGACUUCAGCUCACACAGAGAUCUUCUCCCUGGUCUCUAUGGUGCCAUCUUCUGCGUGGCUUUGCCCACAAACUGUCUGGCACUUUAUGGCCUAUACAAACUGCUUAAAGCAGGGGAUUCUCUUCCAGUAUAUAUGAUCAACCUUCUUGUAACAGAUAUCCUUCAGAUAGUCACACUGCCUCUGUGGAUUGACUAUUACAAAAAUGAUCAUGUGUGGCGUUUUCAAGAAGUGACUUGUGCCAUUUUUGGUGUGCUGCUGCACAUAAGUCUCUUUGGCAACGUUGGAUUUCUAAGCCUGAUUGCUGUGGAACGUUAUAUAGCCAUUGCUCAUCCUUUGUGGUAUAAGUAUUUCCGGAGGCUGUCUAACGCCUGUAUUCUAUGCUUGGUAUUGUGGGUUCUGUUCACAGGAAUCAGCCUUGUUGUCUGGUAUUUCAUAAGAGGAAAUUCAAAAAAUCACCUCUGCUUUGAAAGUUACCCAGCAACAAAUACGUUCUCCAUUUUGUGUCUGAGUAUGGCGGUUUUCUGGUUCCCAUUGCCUCUUGCACUCCUCAUCUUUAUUUACAUUCGCAUUGAGAAGAUCUUAAGAGGUUCACAGUCAGUUCCAGAUGAAAACAAGAAGAAAAUAAAAUUCCUUCUCGUCACUAUAGUGCUAAUAUUUAUUUUGGUUUAUGGGCCCUUUUGUACCACAGCUUUCAUCAGAUAUGCUGGAUUAUUAAUCGUAUCUGACAAAUGUCAACAUGAGUCAAAAAUGUUUUUUGCUUAUAGAUGUACAUUUGCAUUGCUCAGUGUAACAAGUCUCUUGGAUCCCGUCUUCUACAUAUUAAUCUCCAAAGAUAUUCAUAAAGAGCUGCAGGAACUUUGCCCAUUCAUCUUUAGACGACUUAGGCCAGUGGAUAACAGUAUAGAAUGAAAGUGAUUUCUAUUUGCUCCAUGACGUUUACCUUUAAAUCUACAAAUAUAUACUGUAGUCAAUGCCAAGAUAUAUCAUGGGAUCUUGAACCGAUUAACUACACGGGUACUACAAUCUUCUGUAUCAUGGUAUGCCUAUUUGUAUACGAAGACUUUAUGGGAAUCUGAUUCAGAACUCAGGAGAUAUCUCCCAGUUUAAAUGGAUAACAUACACUGAAAGACAACUAAGUAGGUUUGCAUGUUUUUAAUAAAUUAUUUAAUAACUGGCAGUAUGGCACAUAGUGCUGUAAAUUGGUCAAUAUACAUGGAACAAGAGAUAUCAAAAGAUUUUAUAAUACAUAUUAUCAAGAUGUAAUAAUUAGGACUUGCCUAAUGUGAAAGCCGGGGCUGAUUCCUACUAAGACAGAGAGAUUUGUUUUCAUGGUAACCUAUUCUGAAUGUGGACAUACCCACUGGCUUUAGAUCUUUUGCAUUAUAGUUGCUUUAUAAAAAAAAAUAUUUCAAUUGACAAGCCAAGGUAUUCACAGCAAGUUAAUGAAGUGUGAAACUAACCAAGAAAAAAAAUAUUUUGUAUAACCCCACCUAUGUCUGGUAAUGCAAUAUUGGAAAUAAGCCACAAGAACUUUAAGCCUGUUCUCAGCAUACUGCAGAGGUCCAUCAGUCACGUCUGAUCAGAAGUCAGGAUAAGAGCUGAUUCAGCUGUAGAUUUACAUGUUGUUACUCCUGUGAGUAAAGACUACAACCAGAACUUUGAAAAAAAUUAAAAGUGAAGACGUGCAUUUAAGACAGAAAUGAGGAAUCUGGAAAAACUACAGAGUCAUGUUGUUGAAGAAGAAACCUUUAAGAGGUAUCUGGACACGAUAUUGGGAUAGUUUAGCUAUCAAGAGUCAAACAUGAAUAUUUAAUUAGUAACCUUGGGGAUUUCAAAUCUAGUGCCUUAUUCGGCACACUUGAUGUCUGUAGAAAAGAUAAGUGACUCUUCAAUGUUUAAUAACAACGGACUAAAGGCAAUGUGUAGCCUACAUCGAGCAACUUUAACUUUAAUGCCAAUGAGAUAUUUUGUGUGGAUCAUAUCAGAACAGCUUCUGCCAGAGAUUACACACAACUUCGGUUGAAAUCAGUAUGCAUGUUUUGCAGCACAUGACUCAACAGAUGCUCUCUUAGUCAUGCUAAAACACUUGUGGCAAAAUCAAAGGAUACUCAAUGUCUCCAUUACAGAUUUUAGUAGUGCGUUCAAAACAAUUUAGCUGAAUCUACUGAAUGGGGGGUGGGGCGAUACGGUGGCACAGUGGUAAAACUGCUGCCUCGCAG